CAAUACGAGUGCGGGCCACUCGCGCGUCAGCCGCCGACACGCGAGGAGUGUCUGUGUUUGUGUCCAGCCCUUUGUGUUUUGUCUUCAGUGCCCGAGUCUUGUUAUCCUUUGGCGCACCCACAAACGAGAUAGUGAUGGCCAUCUGCCCCCUUGUGAGAGGCGGUGAGGAAAGUGAUGCCCCAGUGGAGUGCGUGUAGUGUAGAGUACCGGGCAGUGCGGGUGUUUACACUGGUGGGGACGGCACCAGCUAGCUAACCGCCUCACACACCCCUCAACCACUGGCUGCCUGACAACCCACCCGCCCUCCCGCCCACACACACUGCAUCCUACACUAUACUCUCACCCUCCCUAUACCUCACUGCAACGAGGAAAGUGUGUACGCAAACCGUGUAGUCAUUGCGCUGCCAAUCACGCAGUUAAUUACCCUCAUCCUCAGCCAAUUGGAACACUGCGGUGUCCGAGGAAAUCUGUUUUGUAGUUUACGGGAAAGACGAGAGUGCAUAGAGGCCUUUUUUAAGUGGCUAUGUUAAUUGUGAGGAUUUGGGUGUGUUCAAAGUUAUUUUAAUGGAGAGAAGUCUGGGGUGAAUGUCAUCCGCCCAGCAAAGUGAGGACCACAGACGUUAAGACUUGUCACCGGCUACUCGAGACUCGUGAAGGUCUUCCUGCAGUGUACACAGCCAACAACGCCUCAAAUCUUCUAGUCACAAUUGAAGGUCGGGCCAGGAAGGAGCUGCAACGAGGAGCACGAUGUAGGAGUACACUCACGCCAACCUCCUCGUCUGAAGUAAUCACAGUGUUGUAGUCAACCUAGUCAGACGUUUUUUCCCUACACACACCGUCCUUCUUCCUGUUUGAACACGUGACCACAUCUCACCCUCCCCAUAGUAAACACAUCAAACAUCCGCUGAACAAAGACGCGGCUAACUUCCUUAGUAUACGUCUUGCCUCUCGCUUCUAGUAAACACGUUGUCUAACACUUCUUGCUCUCAAGGUUAAUAAGUGUUGCCGCCUUCCUAUAUAGUAAAUACGGUCCUCCGUAGUAAACUGCCCUCCGUAGUAAACACAGCCCCUCGUAGUAAACACAUCAACCCCGUCCCCAGUAAACAGUGGCCUCUGCCCCUUGUAAAUAAAGGGUUACUCGCCUUCUGGCCCCUCAGUGUUUACACCUCACUGCCACAUCGUGAGGCUUCUCUUGAAUCGCAAAGUUUUAUCAUUAGAUAAGGUGUUUAUCCUUCGCUCCAUUGUAAGCCUGUGACACCGAUAAGCCACGAGGUUCCUCUUAAAUCAGUUCAUGUUUCACACCCCUUCAAGGAGAGACUAAGCACAAGUCGUCGUCCUCACAAGCUCAACUUAAACUGCUGUUUAGUGGGAUCACAUUUUGUACUGUUAUAAGAAAUAUUUGUCAGGAAGUGAGUCACUAUCUCUGUUAACUGUUAGAUCCUUCAGCAAGGCUGGCAGAACCAUCGGUGGGUGUGUUGACCCGGGAUUUUUGAGGCGUGGCCUCUGACCCUUGAAGGUUGGUGUCUUGUGGUCCUGUCACGGUGACUGUACCACGUUGCGUGUAACCUACCCGCCUGGGUCCUCCGGUGAGAGCUCCUUCCCAGUAUGGCCAGAUGAUGUCACUUCUUGCGUCUUCGGUUCCCCGGCUCCUUGAAAACACCAACAUGAAGAGUUGACAUUGUGUCUUCUCUUCAUCCCCCACACAAACCCUCUAACAAGGGGGUAAUCCAGUAGGUGUUGAGCGGUGUUGUAACACCCGGUGAGUGGUCUUCGUGUGCAAGUUAUGGACAUUAAGAUGCUUCACAAGAGUUCCACCUUCAGUUCCUUCACUUCCGGCACGGCCAAGAUCGGCUCCUGGUUCAGCCACAUCGGCGACCGUCGGCGGAAGAACUCUGCUAAUUCCGUCCUCAAGACCUCCAAAUCCCUCCAGUUAGGUGAGUCUUCCCUGGCCUCUGGAUUCUACCACGUAAGCGAGUCUUCCCAGACCUCCAGGUCCCUUCAGCUAGGCGUGGUGCAUGAGGUACCCAGGAUUGGCAGUGAUGGUGAGAGUGAGGAAGCUUCAGGAGCCAGUGAUGAAGUCACUUCACCGCUCAACGUUAAACUCAGGCACAACAAAAAUCGACGUAUUACACAAGAGGAUAUCAACAAACGGUUAUCAUUGCCAGCGGAUUUGCGGGUGCCAGAUGCAUUUCUUCAGAAACAGUCUAUCAGCCCGGAUGGUCCACUCAGUCGAGCUUCUCGUAGACAGUCUCUAUCAGAAAUUGGCUUUGGGAGAAUGGAAACUUAUACAAAACUUGAUAAGCUAGGAGAGGGAACAUAUGCAACAGUGUACAAAGGCCGAUCACGACUAACAGAUAAUCUAGUGGCACUGAAAGAGAUUCGGUUGGAGCAUGAAGAAGGGGCACCAUGUACAGCUAUCAGGGAAGUGUCACUGCUCAAGGAACUUAAGCAUGCAAAUAUUGUCACAUUACAUGAUAUCGUUCAUACUGACAAGAGUUUAACUCUCGUAUUUGAAUAUUUAGACCGUGAUCUCAAACAAUACAUGGAUGAAUGUGGAGCACAAUUAUCAAUGAAUAAUGUUAAGAUCUUCCUGUUUCAACUACUGCGAGGGUUAGCUUAUUGUCACCAGCGACGGGUCCUCCAUCGUGAUUUAAAACCUCAGAACCUUCUCAUCAAUGACCUGGGAGAAUUGAAGCUUGCAGAUUUUGGUCUAGCCCGUGCUAAGUCUGUGCCAACCAAAACAUACAGCAAUGAGGUUGUAACGUUAUGGUACCGACCUCCAGAUGUCCUCUUAGGGUCAACAGAAUAUUCUACGCAAAUUGAUAUGUGGGGUGUUGGUUGUAUUAUGUACGAGAUGAUCAGUGGUCGACCGCUGUUUCCUGGUGCCACAGUUGAAGAUGAACUUCAUCUAAUUUUUCGUACUCUAGGCACUCCCACAGAAGCAAAUUGGUCUGGCAUUAGCAACAAUGAAGAAUUUGCACAGUAUUCCUUUCCCACUCACACCGGAGAGCCACUUUUGGCACGAGCACCAAGACUAGCCCAUGAUUCUGCAUUGGGACUUCUAACAAAGUUCUUAUUGUAUGAAGCUAAAAAAAGGAUCUCAGCUGCAGCAGCAAUGAAGCAUCCAUUUUUCGAAUCUUUAGGACAUACCAUACAUACCCUCAAAGACCAGGAUUCUAUCUUCUCAUGCCCAGGAUUGAUGCUUACACGUGACCACAACUACAAACAGACUAAUGGUGGCCAAGCAAAAACACGACGCCAAAGUAUGCACUUCUGAACCCUACCUAAAUUAUCUUUCAUAUAUAUAUGCUGGCUCAAGGAUCAACUGAAUGAAUUAAGAUUGUUCCCAUAAGGGGGAAAAUGUUCAUUAAAUUAAACUAGCUGAAGGUAUUUAUGUGAAGCACUGUAUUAAAGAGAAGGUUGGUAUCAAGCUUUCCUCAAGAAACACUUGAGCAUCAUGGUAACUAUGAAUUGUAGAUUCCUUGAUAUAGGGAUAUAUCAGAAAGCAUGAAACACUGCUGUAUGCUGUAACUCGUAUUGAUCAGAAACUCAUCCAUUGAUAUGUCAUCAAUGAGUGAUGCUUCGAUCAAACGAAGCUCUUUAUCCAAUUUAGUAAGGUGGUUUAUGGGAGGAAGUUUUAGGUGUUCACUACUGUAUCAGUAGAUUGUAUCUUUGCCAGUUUAGCAGGGUUUCUAGAACCUUUAGUUUCAAUAUUGUAGUCUUUCGAUUGUAUUUAAAAAUUUAACCUCAAACUUUCAUUUCAUAUAUGGUUACUAGCUCCAGGAUACAAAAUUAAAAAUAUAUCAAAUUGUACCUUGCCAACUUUCAAAUAAUCACCUUUUCAUACUUUUGGUCAUGAACUGUAGGUAGUUAUCUGCUGGUCAGAUUAUAUGGCUACCAACUUCCAUGUGUGUGAUCACGUCUUCACUUACUGGAUGAAGAGGACAUACGGUGUACAAUGUAAUAAGGAUGCCAAUAUUGUGGGUUACUGUCAAACACUAUAGGAUUGCAAUGAUGCAAGUGAAAUAACUGUGAUUCGCUCAAUGUUAUUUAAAAUUUUAACUGCUCAUUUUUUUUCUUCAGAAAAACAAUAAUAAUAAGUGGACAACAUAUCAAAUAGAAAACAAAAUGGGUUCUAAGUGAUAGAAAAAUGUGAAGACUGGCAUGUGACUAAAGGGCAAUAAAGCUGUUGUAGUUAAAGCAUUGAGCAUUCCACUGGGACAUGGAUCUCUCUAACAAUGAGCAGGAAAAUCUGUGAUUGGGUAAAAAUAAUAAAUUGUGCCCCAUUACUCUCAAGCUUCCCAACUUCAUUUUAACUAUGUGCAAUGUAUAGUACUUCAUUUUCAUAAUGUUGGAUACUUAUACAAGUGUCUCCCAUUCUUCAUUUUGUAAGGUUGCCAUAUAGGCUUUUCCUAAUUAGUUUAUAUGUUAAAGAUUGUGAUAUAUGACAAUAAUUUUUUUUUAAAGUUUUCUGUUUUAUGACACCUUGACAUUUUGAUAUAUUCCAGUGUUCUUUGUCAAACUAGAUUUCACACCUUAAAUUUAAAAUUCUGUAGAUUAUCUUGUACCUGACGAAAUCUCUAUCUUUGUACCAGUGAGUUGGUACAGUCUAACCACUUACUAGUUGUCAUCAUCUACACCUCAUUUGCAAUAACUCUAGGGUUAUGCAACCACGAAGGUGAAAAAACAAUGCGAAAAGAAUAUAAGAGUACCUCUGUGCUCAAUUAUUAAGUCUUUAGUAAUGAUAGUCCCAGCUGAGCAUAUGAAAAGGUUUAGUGGGCUUAGUUUACAGUUGCGUCCGGUCAUGCCUGAGUGUAGUUAAUGAAGUAAGAGAUUGAUCAAGGAGUCUGUCAUGAUAGACUGACUAGACCAUAAGCAUUCCAAACAGUAAAAUGAAUUCCUACGUACAGUGUAAGUAUUUAAUUUUUCCUAUUCCCAUGCUCUUCAGGAUGAUUAUGGAUAUAAUGCUUUUGUGUGAUUUGAAAGAUUUAUAAGUACAUUUUUAUCCAAUAAUGUCAAAAUUAGGAUUGUGUGUAACAAUUGGGUUGACUAAACCUUGAAACCAUUGCAUGAGAGAUGAUCAGAUGAUAGUUUGAGAAAAAAAAUAUAUUGUAUUAAGAGAUACUGGCAAAGUUCAAGAAGUAACUGUAAAUCACUGUUAACUCAGAUUAUAAUUAUAUUGAGGAUUACUUCAUGGCUUAUGUUAAAUGAUGAAAUAAGCACUAACAAAUAUUACUAGCAUUGUCCUAUACUUUAAAUCAUGAAAUUGUCAUUUUUAAGGAGUUUAGAAAUAUUUUUAUUUAAUUGGAGUCAUGCUAUAAAGCAUGUAAUAACUUGAAAGUAACAGCCACUUAAUGGAGCUAUAUUAUAAACUUUUAUGGAUUGUAACUGGUCAUCAAUCUCUCCCCCUUGUAUUUUAGACAAUUGUGGACUGAUCUAGGAACACAUCUUCAUAAAUAAAAACACCACAUUAGUUUGCCAUGUAUGUUUAGAAACGAACCAAUUCUAUUUUUGAACAGGUGUCAACUAUGACUAUAAUGUAUAUUUUCAACUAUUUCUAUCAUAUGUUGAAGAACAUGACAUUGUGUCAAUGAUGUGUCUAAAAUGAAUAAAGAAAACUUAAAAUUAAAUAAUUUUUGUUA